CUUCCUGGCAGGUCUCCAAAGUUCUUUGAUCACUCUCCGAUCUGUCCAUUGCUACUACUAUUGAUAUCCCGUAUCAAAAACCUCGUUUCAGUUUCAUCUUUACUUGAUUCUUGGCUGGUCCCGGUCUCGAAGAUACCUAAACCGCCUAAUACCUUAAUUUUGCGACCUGCUCUUGCCCCGCCCCAAAAAGGUCGCACACCCCUCUGUCGCCGUUCAGCUGUUAGCACCCGUCUGUGA